UCGCGAUUCUGGUUCCUAAAGCAUCAGAUUCCCGACGUACAGCAAUGCCCCUACCCAAACUGCACAUCGAUUGAAACUACGAAGCACCUCUUCUGGGAAUGCCCCCAUUUAACAAGGACGUGGCAACUCAUGUGGGAAGGUUGGAGUAUCUUCUUCACAAGCAACCUAUCGUGGACGUCACUAAUUCUCCCCCACAAGUUACGAGUUAACAAACGCUGGUGUAGUCAUCAAGACGCGAUUCUGCGCCUGUGGAAUGUGUUUCGUUGCGCUACACUUCACCACCAGUGA